UAAUGUUUGUUAGCCUUUUCCAAUUUAAAAACACAUUAACAAGUUUCAGUAGAUACGAUAGGAUGAAAUUUAUUCGUUUGAACUAGUAGUUUUUGUUUUGAGAGUUUUAGUUAUAUCAGCUAGCUAAAUGGACAAAGCUCCUUCGCAAUUUUUGGCUAGCAUAGAAAACAGUACGGUACAGUCGAACAUUUUCAGUUUUAACUUCGACCAAGAUUUACCAAUAAUAAUGGCAGCGCUAGAGCAAAAUCUUACACUGAAUGAGAAUCCAAACGACAGUCGCCGGGAGUCGGACGACAACGCCACCGACGAUGAGGAUGAGGACUCUCCCGGCUGCAAUGCAUCUCCGAACAAUCGUGUUCAGCGGCGUAGAUCACUUCGCUCUAAAUCAGUUGACAGUAAAUUACACAAAGUCAAACGACGAACCAUUACCAAACCAUCUAGAUUACCGAUCAAUCUGAACGCGUCUGAGAACGAGAUCCGUAAUUAUUAUAUGAUCAACAACAAACGAAUCGAGUUAAAACCAACCAAUCUUGAAACAAUUUUUGAGGAAGGCUCUCCAUCCGUUGCGAAGGAAAAGUUUUUCGGUCUGCGCAAAGUUCGACGAAGUUUGAACUGCUCGGAUGGAUUCAACAUAAAUAAAACAACAACGAAGGCUCGGAAGAACCGCGUUCGAAGGUUGUUAGGGGGUGGUCCUAAAUUGCAGAAGAUGACGAUGGAUACGUUUUUAGAACGGUUAAAAUUAAUGAACAACGAAAGCGAUGAUGAACCAGUAGGUGACCUUAAAAUGAACCAUACUGUGUGAUGAGUUUACAGAAUCUGAAAUUUAGCAACAUCUCUACUAGGAUAGACUAGAAUUACAUCGUAUAAACUGUGUGUAACUUAGUGUUUAAAAGCAAGCCAUCUGUCCUUGAUGGAAAUGUACAAUUAAAUAGUAGCAAAAUA